UCUCCAUUUUGAGAGACUUCGUGAAGCCGAGCUCAGCAACCCCGAAGGAACAAGGCCCAAACACCUACACACGACGAUUAAAACUCACAGACCCCAACUUCUGCUCGCUUACCAAGUUAUUAUCCGAAAGGAAAGCAAAUCUUAUCGUAUGUCCGCUAUCCAGAACCUCCAAACUUUUGACCCCUUUGCUGAUGCAACUAAGGGUGAUGACCGCCUCCCAGCCGGGACAGAGGACUACAUCCACAUAAGAAUCCAACAGCGGAACGGCAGGAAGACCCUCACCACUGUCCAGGGCAUUGCCACCGACUAUGACAAGAAGAAGCUAGUCAAGGCCUUCAAGAAGAAGUUUGCCUGCAAUGGGACAGUGAUUGAGCACCCAGAGUAUGGUGAAGUGAUCCAGCUUCAGGGAGACCAGCGCAAGAAUAUCUGCCAGUUCCUCAUUGAGAUUGACCUGGCCAAGGAGGAGCAGCUCAAAGUCCACGGCUUCUAGAAGCUGCUAGCAGCCCUCUCCCCUUCUCUCCUGGAAGGCCAUCAAACUCCCCCCCUCCCUCCAUCACCCCACCCUCUCCUCCCCUCCUCCUAUGUGCUGCUGUUGCUCUUCCUCCCCCCUCUCCCCCUUUUGCAGCCCCACCAGCUCCUCUUAGCUAACACGUGAAUUACCUCUGACAAACAUGGGACUCUGUAACACCACCGCCCCCCUACGCCACCAGGGGGCAGGCUCGCUCUCGCAAAGACACACCACUGCAGCUCCACACAACAUCAGGGAUGAGUGGUGAUGACCCUCCCACACACACUUCCUCCUUCCUUUCCCCCCCCUUGUUUAUUUCCUUUUUUUAAUUUUUUCUUUUUAGGUCUCGUGCUGCAGUAAGGCACCCAGUUUCAUGUAACUUUUUUGUUUUGUACUUCAAGGUGUUUCAAUAAAACAAUGAGUCUCCAGA